AUGGAAGAGGGAAAGGGAGUGGUGAAGCACGUAUUGCUGGCAAAAUUCAAAGAUUCAACCCCACCCGACCAGAUUGAGGAACUCAUCAAGAGCUACGCCAACCUUGUCAGUCUCAUUCCUCCCAUGAAAGCCUUCCACUGGGGCAAGGAUGUGAGCAUUGAGAACAUGCAUCAAGGUUUCACUCAUGUUUUCGAGUCCACCUUCGAGAGCGUGGAAGGCAUGGCAGAGUACGUAUCUCAUCCAGCCCACGUCGAAGCUGCAAAUCGGUUCCUGCCCCACCUGGAGAAAGUCAUUGUUUUGGACUACAAGCCCACUGCAGUCCAUCUCUGAACCCAAAGGCAGAUGACAAUUGCCAGUUUAAUCUCUUAUUAAAGUUGAUGUACGGUGCAGACUGGAUUCAGGUUUUGUUGAACUCUUCAACAUCCCAUUUUAUAAAAAUGCAGACUGGAUGGUGUCGUGGUA